AUGCCUUUAAAUCAUAAAGCAGAAAGCCAAUUAACACGUAUAAUUCAAAAGCCUGUUAUGUCGAAAGAGGAAUUAAAGAAGAGAAAGCUAGAUGCUGAAGGGCUAGUUGAAAAGAAGAGACAGAAGAAAGACAAGAAAGACAAGAAGGAGAAGAAGGAGGAAGACAAGAAGGAGAAGGAGAAGAAGGAGAAGAAGGAGAAGAAGGAGAAGAAGGAGAAGAAAAAGGAGGAAGAGAAGGAAAAGAAGAAUUCAAAGCCAGCAAUUGAAGAGAAAAUGUCUAAAAUUGGUAACUCGAAGGCAUUCAAGAAUGGCAAGUAUUCUGAACAUGAAGAAUUGAUGUCAGUACCAAAAUCUGAUAUCGAAAGCUUCUUUAAAGAUAACGAAGUUUCAGUUGAGGACCCUGAAUCAUCGAACCUAAGACCACUACUCUCCUUUUCACACAUUUCUUUAAACAAUGAAGUACAAAAAGUAGUUGCAAAGUUUCCAAAACCCACUCCGAUUCAAGCGGUUUCUUGGCCCUACUUAUUAUCUGGGAAGGAUGUUAUUGGUGUCGCUGAAACUGGUUCUGGUAAGACCUUCGCAUUUGGAGUUCCAGCCGUCAAUAAUAUUGUUAGUUCUGGAGAUGCUAGCAACAAAAAUGUACAAUGCCUGAUAAUUUCUCCAACUAGAGAAUUGGCUUCUCAAAUUUACGACAAUCUAGUAGAAUUGACCAACAAAGUGUCUUUAAACUGUUGCUGCUUGUAUGGAGGUGUUCCAAAGGAUGCCCAGAGGCUACAAUUAAAGAAUUCCCAAAUUGUGGUUGCCACACCAGGUAGGUUACUGGACUUGAUUCAAGAAGGCUAUGCAGACCUGUCCCAAGUUCAAUAUCUAGUACUAGAUGAAGCGGAUAGAAUGCUGGAAAAGGGGUUUGAAGAAGAUAUUAAAAAGAUUAUCAAAGAAACAGACGUCACAAGAAGACAAACACUAAUGUUCACUGCAACUUGGCCGAAGGAAGUACGCGAAUUAGCUUCCACUUUUAUGAAACACCCCGUCAAGAUUUCUAUUGGUAACCGUGAUGAGCUUUCUGCUAACAAAAAAAUCAAACAGAUUGUCGAAGUCAUUGACCCAUUCCAAAAGGAGAAAAAACUAUUAGAACUGCUGAAGAAGUACCAUUCAGGUUCGAAAAAGAAUGAAAAAGUGCUAAUCUUUGCUUUGUACAAGAAAGAAGCUUCCCGUGUUGAGAGAAACCUACAAUACAACGGCUAUAACGUCGCUGCCAUCCACGGUGACCUAUCUCAACAACAAAGAACACAGGCCCUAGAUGACUUCAAAUCCGGCAAAACAAACUUACUACUAGCUACAGAUGUUGCAGCAAGAGGUUUAGAUAUCCCCAACGUCAAGACUGUCAUCAAUUUGACCUUCCCAUUAACAGUGGAAGAUUACGUCCAUAGAAUAGGCAGAACAGGAAGAGCAGGUGCCUCUGGUACCGCCCACACUCUAUUCACAGAGCAAGAAAAGCAUUUGUCAGGCGCUUUAAUCAAUGUUUUAAACCAGGCUGGGCAAGCAGUUCCCGAGGAACUAAAGAAGUUCGGUACGCACACAAAGAGAAAAGAACAUAGCGCAUACGGUUCCUUCUACAAAAAUGUGGAUACCUCAAAGAAGCCUAAGAAGAUUACUUUUGAUUAA